CCCAGCUGACAAGAAAACGAAAGCCGAAAUUCAUUGCGAAGUAGAGCUGAAUGCGAGCCGGUCAGCUGAUAGCGCGCUCUCCUGACGAAAUCUUUGAUCAAGAUGGACUUUGAAGUUCUGGACUACUGCGUCCCUGAGGACAAGUUGGUAAGUAGUGCACUGCGCUUCGUUGGUUUAGGCUGAAGGUUGCCUUUCCUCCUUGCGCGACUUGUACGCAAACAUGACAGACUGCUGGUGAGGAACAGGUGGUGCCUGUGGUGCCGUGAGUUUGCUUUCACUUUACUGCGGAUUUCAUUAGGAAGAUGGCGGACUGCGUGUGGAGCAUCCGUCUUUUGUGUUCGAAUUGUUGAUUUUUUAAUCUGCUCAAACCCUUGCCAUCUUAACCUAACUUUUGGGUUCACUAACAUGUGCUUCGGUGAAAUCGGUCCCACCCGUCUCAGUAUUACUGUUGAGAUAGCUUUCUCGCGUGUUGGUUUAGUAAUUAGCUCCAACCCUUACUAUCUUAACCUAACUUUUGGGUUCGCCAACAUGUGCUUGGGUGUAAUCGGUCCCACCCUUUUCAGCAUUACUGUCGUACAAGCUUUCUCGCGUGUGCGCUAUCGUUCAUCGGUGCGACUCAUUGUGAAGUUUUGGUAAUAUUGCAUGGUUUUUCUGUUUCAGUACUCAGUUAUUGAGUUGAAUGUGGGUGACUCAGGCAAUGAAGAAGUUUAUGCUUGUAUUGCAAGCUCCACAUGGCUAAGUGAAGUUACCAGAAGAAUAGGUUGACUUCAUCAGAUAUUUGGUGAUGUACAGUGGCCAGAAGAUGAGACUGAGCUACCACCUUUCCUGCAGAAGCCUCACAUCAAAACCCCCAAGCCACUGGAUUACCCAUCACAAUGUCAGGAUCUUAAAAAUUUUGCCGUAAGUUUAGUUAUAGCUAUAUUGGCCUUUUCUUUAUUUCCCCUAUCUAGCUAAUUGACUUAAAACUUUUGUAAACCCGAUGUUCUCUUUGCAGUUACUCUUGGCCAGGCUAAAGCUGUUGCUGAUCAGGCUGUAACCAAGUCUGACUUCACAGAGUCCGAUGUUUCUUCCGACAAGAGGAAAAAGAGACGAAGGCAGCCAGUCGAUAGAUUUACCUACUCCUACAGCGGUGACAGUGACUCAAGUGAUGAUGAUGCUGCUGCUCCUGAGCUGCCUGGUUUGAAAAUAACUUCAGGUAACUCGUCAUUUUACUGACCUCUAGUGUGCUCCUACAAUGCCUUGAAUGUAAUGUCCCUUUGGUUGUGCAGGCAACAGCAAUGGACGUUCAUCCACUCAAGGAAAGGUGAAGCCCCAGAAUAGGUUUAAAAGGAUACGGGAGAUGGGGAGUGAAUCACCUGAACAAAGGACUGACCUCCACGUAUUUGGGAAAGAGAAGCCCCAAGAUCCUAAUUUAUCUGCUUUCCUGGCUCGGAACAACUCGAUUAACAGCACAAUUGGUUCUGAUGCUCAAGAUACUGUGGGCAACAGUGCUACUAAUUCUUCAGUUCGAAAGAAUUUAAUUUCUGCCUUAACUUCUACUACAAAUGUUGGUUUGAAUAGAAGUCAGUCACAAGAUUUAGCAGACAAUCUGACUAAAGACACAUCUGGGCACACACAUCAGAAUAACUUGGUAACUAGUCCAAUUGUUCGUAAUGCUCAAGAUUGUGUGGACAGCAGUGCUACUAAUCCUUCAGUUACAAAGAGUGUUAUUUCUGCCUCAGCUCCUAAUUCAAGUAAUGUAGUAACUUAUUUUAUUAUAAAUUGAUGAUAGUUAUUACUUCU